AUGGCAUUCAAUCAGCAUCAGCUAAUUCCAAGACCGGACAUCAAAGUGGGUUUCAGACUAAAUGACGAAUAUGCUGAUACCUUGCUUCCACGAAUAAGAAAAUUAUUACGUUCUAAUCCUCAUUCGAAACGAUUUCCCGGAACACAACCUGUUGAUUUUGAAUUAUGUCAUUUCGAUUUAUUAGAAUCAGAAGAGUAUUUUGUACGAGACAAAACUGACGGGAAGCGAUAUAUUAUGUUUUUCACCGCUAAAGACGGUGGGACGGUAUUCAUGCUGGACGAAUCAAACAAGUUUCGAUUCCUGACUAAUUUCAAGUUACCUCAACGGCAUAAUCCUAAUGCAAUACACGAUGAGACUAUGAUGGAUGGUGAAAUAAUGUUAAAGCAGGACGUGAUUGAGCCAUUAAAUGCUGCGUUGAAAAGAAAUCCAGAAAUGAGAAAAAGAAUGCCGUUUACGAUGGAAAUCAAAUCAAUGGAAUUAUCUUACGGAUUGAUAAAUACUCUACAAAAAAUUCCUUCGUUAAAAUAUGGAAACGAUGGUUUGAUAUUUGUUCCGGUAAACCAUCCGUACGAACCUGAUAUGUGUCGCAAACUCUGGAUUAAAAACGUUCGCGAUGGAGAUAUUGGCCAAUUCUGGUAUGAUGAACACUGGAGCACCACGAUUUAUGAUGCUGAUCCACGCAUCCGGCAUGGUGGCUGGCGGUUUCGUAAAUUUAAAAGCGGGCAACACACCGCAGAUUCGGAAAAAGUAUUAGCUGAAGUUUUGAAUCGAAUAAAACACGCUGUUCCAAGAGACGUGUUAGAAGAACAUGUCACUGUUAUAAGAGAAAAGUGGAAACUUCGACAAUCUAACAGAACUAGCGGUUCACAACCGCUACCUACAUCAAUACAAACCUCAAUCACACAGACGAGCUUGUCAGAAUCGCUUCACCCUCCUCUCCAGGAUUCACGUCAACCUUUGAUACACCGUCAUGAUAUUCAUAAAAGUAACGAAUCAUUGAUAGAGCAUCAUGAUUCCUCAUAUCGUUCUCAUGAUUCACAAUUGUAUUCGAGUUCUCUAGAGAAAACGCCCCCUGUUAAUGAAAACCGAGCAUCACAUGAAAAUAAGGAAGUACCCGAAAGUCUAUUGGUAUUACAUGAUCAUAAUCGAGAACAACUCCAGAAACAACCUUUAGUAGACACCGAUGAGCAUCAUGAACAUCGAAAUUCGUAUGAAAAUCGAGAGCUUUUUGAGGAAAAAGAUUCAAUUGAGAAUCAAAAAUCAUUAAAUCAAGAUAAUGAAUUACCCAAGACUCCAAUUGCAUUACAUGAUUGUCAUAAUGAACCUCUUCAGAGAAUGCCAUUAACUCAUCCCAUAUCAACAAAGGAACGUCGAAAUUCUUACGAAGAUCUCAAUUUACAUGAUGAAGAGAUGGAUUCUGACGUAUCAGAAGAUUUCGCGCAAAGUCGAAGUCCACGAACUCGUAGAUCAAUUUCAAAUACAGAAUCUCAAAUAACCAAAUUUGAACCUACAAGCCCAUCAAACAAAGGAGAGUCAUUUUCAUCAGGAUCGGAAAAUUCACAGAAUCUUGUUGAAGAUAUUGAUCCGGACGCUGAUCCAUGGGAUGCUCCUGAUUAUUAUGAAAGUUCACAAAUAGCAAACAAUGAAUUGUCUUAUCCAGAAGACCAAUCCGAAUAUUGGGAAGAGAACGAACAUGUUGAAUCGUCCGAAAGUUCGGAAGCAGCACUGGAUAAUAAUUUACUAAUAGAAUCCAUGAAACAAAAGACAGAUCAACAUGAAAAACUCCAGGAAUCGGAAAUUUCAAUACAACAAGAUCAAUUCCAAAAACGAAAAUCUCAACAUAAGAUUUUUGUGCGCGAAAACCAACUGCCUAUUAUACCACAACAUCAAGAUUCACGAUAUGCCACGCAACAGGGUCAAUCUCAAACGCAAAAACCUCAACAACAUCGAUCGUCUAUACAUGAAAAUCCACAGAUAAUCUCGCCUAGGCCUCGGCCCCAAAUUCUCCAACGGCAAUCAGAGUCUCGCAUUCCUAUGCAACACAUUCAACCUCAAUUACAACAACGUAUUCCAGACACUUUAUCUAUACAAGAAACUAAGCCCAUUAUUCAACGAUCACAGUCUUUAACACAUGAACAUCGAAUUUAUUCACAUCUACCCAAAAUAUUUCCCAUACAAUCAACACAAUAUCCUAUGCAAGAAAUUCAGCGAACAACAAAUAGACAAUUACAAGAUUUCCAAGAGAGUGGACAAUUUCCAGAACGAACAGAAUGGGAGCCUAAAAUAGGAAUUGAAAUACCUGAAACAAAUAACAAUAACAACGUUUUACCAUACCGACCAAUUAUCCGUCGACAUACAUUCUCAAGUAAUGACAAUACCAAUAUCCAAAACACACGAAGACAAUUAUCUGCUGCGACUAAUCCGUAUUCAUUACAACUAUCAUCAUCUCCUAUUGAUAUUACAUCACAAAGUUUACCUACGCAAUCACAAACAAUUCCUAGCACAGGAAUAACACCGAUAUUAAAACAUGUACCUGAAGAACUAUCAAUUUUAAACGAAUCACCUAAUCAUCAAUUCAUCAAUUAUACACAAAUUUCACCAACACCUUCCAGACCACCACCACAAAAACGUAAAUCAAAAGGUGCACUUGAUUUUAUACUCAAUACAUUAUCACCAUCAUCAGAAACAAAUCAAAAAAGAUCGAGACUUGAUGACGAAAAUGAUGAAUAA